UAAUGUAUGCAUGGUUGAUUCUACCUGCAACAACACAGUCGGCAGCUACGAGUGUGUCUGUGAUUCCGGCUUCCAAUUUGACCAGGGACUGUGCAUCGAUACAGACGAGUGUGAAGAUGCAUAUAUUUGCUGGGCCAACUCAGAUUGUAUCAACUCUGUGGGCAGUUACAGUUGCCAGUGCCACGACGGCUUCGAAGCAUCAGGGGCUUAUUGUGAAGACGUUGACGAAUGCCAUGUGUUUGAUGUUUGUCAAACCAACUCGAUAUGUAACAACAAUAUUGGAUCGUACCUGUGCAGUUGUCAGGAAGGUUUCAUCAACAUCGCUGGCGCAUGUCAAGAUAUUGAUGAAUGCGAGACUUACAAUUGUCAGGAAAAUUCCGUCUGUGUAAACUCGCCAGGGUCAUUCCAUUGCCAGUGUUUGGAUGGGUUUGCAUUCAAAUCACCAUCUUUUUGUGAAG